UUAACAAGGGAGGCCGCCAUCUUGUGACUGAACUCGUUCAACAUGCAAGAAGUCGGGAACGUAUCCUGAGCGAGUGUGAUAAUCACAGUUGAAAGUGCCCCGAUUGGAAGAUUUCAGUGAAGAUUUUGAACACCCACAAAUCAUUAUUAGUGUUUAUAAGGAGUACUGACUCAAAUUUCCCCUGAAAAAAUGGCGACAGGGGGUGGAGGAGGCAAGAAUUUCAAAGUCGUCUUACUUGGCGAGGGGUGUGUGGGGAAAACGUCACUUGUACUGCGUUAUGUUGAAAACAAAUUCAACGACAAACACCUUUCAACAUUACAGGCAUCCUUCCUCAACAAGAGGCUGAACAUUGGUGGCAAAAGAGUUAAUUUAGCAAUAUGGGACACAGCUGGACAAGAGAGGUUUCAUGCACUGGGACCCAUCUACUACAGAGACAGCAAUGGGGCAAUAUUAGUCUAUGAUAUCACAGACGAAGACUCAUUCUCUAAGGUCAAAAACUGGGUGAAGGAGCUGAAGAAGAUGUUGGGAAAUGAAAUUUGUCUUUGUAUAGCAGGAAACAAGAUAGAUCUUGAAAAACAAAGAAAUGUGUCCAUUGGGGAGGCAGAGGCCUAUGCUGCUCAAGUUGGUGCAAAACAUUACCUAACGUCAGCAAAACUCAACAAAGGCAUCGAGGAGAUGUUUUUGGACCUUAGUAAAAGAAUGCUAGAAUCAACGCCUUCAGAUGAUCUAGGGAGAGGCACAUCAUCGUCAAGGUCUUCAAGAAAGACGGUCACCAUCGUAGAUGAUGAGGAGGCACCAAAGCAGGGCGGUGGGAGUUGCUGUUCAUAAAUGAUUCUGUCCUGCCCACCCCUUCCUCCUCCUUCCCUGAUUCUGUGGCACAGUGUCAAUCUUCUGCACGUCUCCUGAUGUAUAUAAAUACAAUGCUAUCGCCAUUAAAAACAAAACUUAAUUGUGUAUAUUUAAUCAUAGAAAAUGCAGUCUCCUACAAAUAGGAUAUCAAAUCUGGGGGACUGGCUUUUGACAGCAGGUACCCCGGGGGAAAACGCAGCCCUGGUAGAAUACUAGCAUUUUCAAACUGAUGAACUGUAUUCAUAAUCUAUCAGUUCAGAAAUUGCUUGAGGGCACCUGUCGGUUUGGGAUGAGGUCCUACUACUGAUAGUUCUAGAAAGUGACAGUCUUGUCUGCUGGCUUGAGACAAGAGCUGUGUUCAUGAGAAGAUUACGGGAUAAAGAAAGAGUGAAAGUCCCAUUUUUUUUAGUCAAUGAUUUGUCUGCCCUAACCUUGUUAUUCCUUUCCAAAACCCUCAAAUUUUUGGGUGUAAAAUAACUCCAAUUUGUAAACUACCAAUUAUUUAUUAUUCCAAAUUACUCACUAAUAUUUAAGAUAUGCUGUUAAUGCAGACUCCUAUCUUAAAAGGAAAGCCACGCUUGCUGUCAAUUUUGUUAAUGUCUCCAAUCUACAAGUAUUUUAGUAUAUGAGAAGUUUGUAACAGACUUGUACAUUGGUCAGACUCGUGUCCACAUUGCAGACGUGGCCCUACUGAUAAUGUCAGAAGGGAUUAAAGAAAGUCUGAUCAUUUGUCAGUUAGGAUCUGAAUGUCAGACCUUUGGGGGAAUCGGUUGGGGGGAAAAAGAAAAGAAAACAGGUAGUUUAUAAUAUUCGGGGGGGGGGGAAUUUCUGAAAUUUUGGAAAAUGUUGCGAAGUUUUUAUUUGCAACAAAGUCUCAGGACAUUUCAGCACUAGAAAGGGCAGAUUCUUCGGUGGUUCAGCUGAGAUUGUUGGAGCCAAAUUCCCCAGCCAGCUCUACUCCUCUAACCUCUCUGCAAGAACCACACUUGCUCACAUGAGAAUGUAUUUCAAGAGAAGCAUAUAUUCAAGGUUAUUUCCAUGCAGUAAUGCGUGCGUCAGCCUGUUGUCAGGUGUCCAGAUUUCCUGUUUUUGAGUCCCUGUCCAUUCAGCAUUGUAAAGCUGUGUUUGAUACAUGAUCCAUUUUUCCAUUCAAUUUGAUUUUCAGAGCCUGCUUUAUUUUUCAGAGCAUCAGGGAAUUAAAUGUGAUGGGCUUUUCUCUUACCAUAUUGCUUGUGAGUGAUGUUGUCUACUCUGACUACAUCUCACAACCAAAUUUGAGGACAUUUGAGAUGGCGGUACCCAACAGUUUUUGUUUUGUUUUUGAUCCUUUUUGUGCAAACAAAGACAAUUAUUUCUAUUUGUCAAAUACAGGCAGAGGUUGUCUUCAUUACUGCCUAUUUGUUUCCUUUUAUUGAAAAGCAAUUUGAUAGCUGGAAUUGUAAGAUCCAUUUGAUUUGAUACCUAAGACACUUAGUUUCAUAAUAAGAUACUCUGUAAGAUUUCUGUGUGCAAGAGAUAAAAUGACAUUUGAACGACAUACAUGGGAGCAGUUUUUUACAUCACCGUAAAAAAAAGGGAAAAGGAAAGUGUUGCCUCAGUAAGGCUUAUGUAACUGAAGAAAUGUUUUGUAUUUCAUAAUAUCCAACUGCUCUUCUCGUUGGAUGUGAAACAAGUUGCACAAUGAAGAGUUGAAAAGGAUUCUCCACCUUACACAAUUUGGCGGUCGGCUCUGUUGUGCACUUGUAAAUGUUAGACACGUAAUAAUAAGGGAAAUAGGGUCUAAUGGUCAUACCUUAUCUGGGCAAUUUGAUUCAUUGCCACAACAUAAGACCAGGGCAGGCCUUACAUGGCCUUCCCUGUAGAAGGUAAUGCAUUUAAAGAUUCAAGAAAUCCUGCGCCCCUUUUAUUCAUUUAAUCUGUAAAAAAAAAAAAGAAAUGAAUUUUUUUUCUUCACCUUUUUCUGUCUUCAACCUGAGUAUCACUACCAUGCCCUUCCAGUCUUCUAUAGUUUCUAUCAGGCUGAGUAAGCCCAGGUCAAGAGAGGUCAAUCUGCAUGGAUUGUGAAUGGUUGUGGAUGCCGCAGUAGUUUUUAUUUUUGUCGGAUUGUUCAUGACAGACUUUGAGAACCACUCUUUCGCUAGUGGUUAUUUUAUAGUUACGUGUUAAAAUAGUGCAUAUUACUGCAUGGAAUAUGUUUUUAUGUACAUGUAAUUUCAUUUGUUUGGGUUUUAUUGUAAGAUGUCAAAUUCCAACCUUUACUUGGCAAGGCAAAGUUGACUCUUCAUUUUCAGUUUCUGUGAGGCAGAAAGGUUGAAAUAUGUUGCAUUCUAGUGCAUUUGGAUAUUAAGAAGAGAUAUAUAUCGAUGUAGAAAUUAACUUGUUGUUGUAGAAGUGGGUGAUAUAAUUUAGAAAAAAAAUUAGCAAAAAAAGCCAAAGUUGAUUUCCAUUCCUGCAUUUUUCCUUUUCCUGUUGCUUCCAUUUUGGAAUAUGUGACAAUUAAGUAGUGCACCACUGGCGCAAGAUUUUGAGCCUUGCAGUUACCUACAUGCGCAACUUCUGAGAGUGAACUUCGGGGCACUCUUUUUACUAUCCAAACCUUUCUGUCAGUCACUGAGAUACUUACUCCAUGGAAGCUGUUGUAUCGGCCUACAGGGUUUGAUGACGGUGCAUAUCACUCCCAUUAGAACUGCCUCCAGCUACUCUGGUUUUGUAAUGGGAACAAUUUGAAAGGAACAAUUAGGAGUAAGUGGUGUUUCAGAAAAGAGGAAGGUUUCACGUAGUUGGCAUUGAUUGCGACACACAGAAGAGGCGUAUUUGGCUUUGUUAGUAACAAGAUUUGUGAGCAAUGCUCACUUGGACUGACAGUCAGUUCCCCCAAUCUAAUGCAGCAACACAAGUGAAUGCUGGUGAUGUGAAAUUUCUGCUCUACUCAAGUGUUGCAGGUACAUAUACAAAUGCAGUUGCUUGUCUUGACUUUUUUCAUAGUGGGACAUAGGGCGUUUAAGUUUGGUUGGAGUUUGACAUUUGACCUUGACAAAUAUAUAUAUAAAAUAUGUACAUACAGUGCCAACAGAAAGUAUCUUGGUGUUAAUCAAUGGUCAAUUAAAACUAUUUGCUAUAAAUGAA